UUCGACUGUUGCAAAACUGUACACACCGACCGUGCACUGCGUUGUUAUGAGAGCAGCUUCGAACGACUUAAAGAUAUUCUUGUGUUAAAUUUGCUUUAGUCGAAGUUUUUACAGAAUGGCCGCUGUGGACCUGGCUAAAUUGGGUCUUAACUUGUUGAAGAAUGCUACGUCUGGAGAGAGCGUGGAGCUGCGGUCUCUCUGGCGAGACCAAGCGGUGGUCAUCUUCUUCCUGCGCAGGUUCGGUUGCCAAGUGUGCCGUUGGACCGCGGUUGAGGUAAGCAAGUUGAAGGAGGACCUGAGAGCGAAUAAUGUGGCGCUGGUCGGGGUUGGUCCAGAAGAGAUAGGCCUGAAGGAAUUCCAGGAUGGGUGUUUUUUCAAGGGAGAGCUGUACAUUGACGAUAAGAAACAGUCCUAUAAGGAUCUCGGCUUCAAAAGAUACAGCGCCAUCAGCCUGGUUCCCGCAGCCCUGGGGAAGAAAGUACGAAACGUUGUCACCAAGGCAAAUGCUGAAGGGAUCCAGGGAAACUUCAAUGGAGAUCUCCUCCAGAGUGGUGGCAUGGUCAUCAUAGCCAAAGGUGGGGAAAAGGUCCUGCUGCAUUUUGCACAAGAUUCUCCGGGGGAUUAUGUGCCUUUAGAGAAUAUCGUUAAGGCCCUGGGCAUCACCACCAGUGCACAGCAGGGGGAAAGACCGCAGUGCAAUGAUGACGUGUGUACACGAUAACAUGCCAUGGUUGUCUUGCAUCAGGGAGUGCUGUGGGUUGGGGAAUGUGUCACUCUCAUUCUCCCCAGACUGGACAUCAGCUGAUAUUUUCUGAGCCUGAGGGAGUUGCCACAUUGUUGCUUUAAGGAACAGUCCGCAAAUGGUGAUUUAAACUGUGUGCACUGUGUCCAAUGGUUUUGCAUUUGCUUGUAUGUGGAUCAUUAACAUUAACUCAUACUUCCGUGAACAGGACUGAUGUGAAGAUUAGGGCUGUAUUUUUUCAAAUCAGUUACUCUACAUAGAUUGGAUUCCACUGCACUACAGUAUAUAGUAUGUACCAAUCUGUUUCCAUGAAAAUGUAAGGAGCGUAUAUGUUGAUUAACUUGUGUCUGCUGAAAAUCAGUUCAGUUGCAUUAGCUUCAGUUCACAGAAAAUGUUUUGUGUCAAAGUUAUCUUGUGAAUAGACAGGAAACAAUGCAAUGGGAGAGAAAGAAAAUGCUUAGAUCACCUGCCAUUAACACAGCAACAGCAAUAUCAGCCAUAUCUCUUCAGUUUGGCAGAUCAUAUUUUUUUUUAAAAACUUUAAAAAACGUAAUUUUGUAAGGUAAUUUCUCACAGACAUUCCUAUUUCUGAGUCAAACUCAGAAAAGUAUAUUUGCAGAAAGGAAACAUUAAGCGUGCUGUGUUUGCACUGAAUAAAUGAUUUCAUGUGAACUGUACAAGCACUAAUUGGACUAAUAUUUUAUGUAUUUCAAAUAUAGAAUAAUUAUUUUAUAUACUUAAUCAAUCCUUGUCCUUUGCACCACUGUGAAAUAAAUUUAAUGUAUUUAAUAAAUGUAAUGUAAUUUAUUAAAACAACCAUUAUGGACUCA